AUGCUCCUACACGAAUUUGUGUCACUGCUGGCGCAAGACUUUCCUCUCCUUCAUUCGACUCUCCACGUAUGCGAUUUCACACGCUUUGUCACAUUGGCCGCCGAAGUCACUGCCCGAGUUCAAGGAACGCUCAGCAAAGAACACGAAACAAUCAUUCCCUUCCUACGCAACGCGUUAAAGUUAGCUCUGCCAAACGAUUUGUGCUACCACCUAUGGCACACCACCCGCCACCUCUUGAGCGCGGGCCACGUAGAACCAGGUCUUUUGAUUCAACUACACGGCUAUCAACCAGACCUACCCAUACCCGAGCAUUUCCUGGUCUGUCCAACAAAACACUGUUUGACAUGUUCAACACCUCACAAGUUGCACAUCCGAUCUAGAAUUGAUGGAUACCUCUACGAUGUGGACGGCGUCCACACUAUCGGAAUUGUCACCCUCAAAUGCCCAGGAUGCUCAACCUGUUACUGGCCAAGCUACUACUCGAAGGAUAAAAUUCGGACGUAUUACUCCUCCAGGUUUGGGCGCAACAAACAGACGUUCCAGGUCAGUUGUCAUUUCUUCAUGACACACCGACUGGCGGAGUUACUUCGAGAAGGCGCAAUGCUUGCUCACAUCUCCAACUUCAACUUGGCCAACCUGUUCAACCGCUGCUACGUCGAUCGUGUGACAACUAUACCCCCACUCACCAGCGCUCCGACAAUACUCCCUGAUCUCUCUGAAGUCACAUGUCGAGAUGCUUUGGACAUCAAUACACUCCUCAUGAAAUGCAAUUCUGCUGGUACCUGUUUGAGAGUCAAUACCUCAGCCGCUCCUCCCGAUAAACGCUACCACCACGCCAUGCAAGCUGUGCUGGAAUGGAUAGCGUUGGAAGGUAGCAAACACCGCGCUCACGCGUGCUCUGCAUGCAUGCGGGUUUUGCCUCUUCCGAGUACAGACGGAACUCCAAAGCUUGGCUCCAUCCGGGCUGUGGUGACAGACGGCAUCACCAUAGGACACUGGCGUUGUACCGCAACCCCCGCUCAAUUACGUGAACUCGCACAUGCCGAAGGCUUGCCAGCACCAAAUGGACCUUGUACCAUACCGCUCGACCGAAUGUCUGAUCGGUUUUGCCCUGAACAUCUAACUCGGCUUGGCAAGCGUUGUGUGGCUCAACCAUGCAAAAACGAUGCCGAGGAGGGAUCACCAACUUGUCACCUCGAAGUGCACAUCAAUGCUUACGCCAAGUUCAAAGCACAUAUCACCUCAAACUUCGCCCUCACCUCCAUGCUUAAUCGACCAGGAUCAAACCGCCCGUCAGAUCCCACCGUGCAUCAAGAUUGGAACACGGCCAAACUAAUUGGCCUUGAAGACGUCCAGCAAGGGGAUGAAGAAGAACGCCUGCACGAGAAGGGCCGUGAGGGGGGCGACGCUGCCCCGACUCGCAUCAGCCUUUCCCGAGCCAGAACACACAACGAUCAGCUCUGCGUGAGUACGUGUGGUGUCAUACUUGCGCGAGAAACUUUCUAUCAUUCAGAAGGUGUCAGCGCUGUUCGCGUCAGUAAUUUUGUCAGUUCAGUACAGGCAUAUGAUUGUACACUGACUACCUUCCCGUACUCAGGACUUUCUACUACGUAUGUUCCCAAAUGCGAUGCCUCAGGCGAAGACUACGGCCCGUUCAUGGAAACUGUCUUUCCUGUUGACCCCUUCCAUUUCCGCUCGCACAAAGAAACUGACAAGUUCUGUCAAUACUAUACGGACCCAAAGCUUUUCCCUGAGCUUCGCGACGCUAACGGUUGGUAUUUCAAUGCCUCAGCGGGGGAAUGCGCCAAUGUGUGGUACGGGGGGUUUGCCUCUUUGGCAAGAAAUAUGCACCCAAUUCGUUUCAACUUUAUGAUGGAAGAUAUGAUUGAAAGACGCAACGAUUGGCUCAUCAGGAGGUUAUCCAAAAGGAACAAUAUUACUUUCUUAGGAGACAUACCUUGGUAA